AUGUACUUGCCUGCAUUAUACCAUAAUACUUACAAACAGCCAAUCCAUAGGAUGAAUGGAAAAAAUAUGUGGCCUUAUGUUGACUUGAUACCCCCUUUGCCUCCAUUGAAAAGACGUAUGCCAGGCAGGCCAACAAUAAAGAGAAGAGGAGAUACUUCUGAACGGAUAGGAAAACACACUGUCUCCAAGGCAGUGAAGAAAGUUUAUUGUAGCAUAUGUAAGGAGAAAGGACACAACAAGGCUACUUGUAGUAAAGGUAUAGGGACAUCCAAACAAAAUGGAACAAAGAAACAAAAAACUAUAUCUACGCAGGAGUCUGUAAACGUUGCCACUGGGGUUGGGGAUGAUGAGGUAAUGGUAAAUGCUAGUGAUGCUUUGGAGAGGACUGGUAAGGAAGAGCGGAUGGUGGGAUUCAAUGGACGAGAGGAAGGGGUGAAGGUCAAUGCUCGUGUUCAUCAAGUUAAGCAUGUUAAACCGCCUAACAAACGAAAGAAGUCAGAAAGAAUCAUUAAAAUGAAGCUUGCAAAAAAUGUGGGAGGUGAAGGUAGCAGUCUUGCAACGGACAUAGAGUUGAAUUAG